UCCUCUCAGCUGUUGCCUUUUGUUUCGCGAUCUCUCCGUCGUAUUGUGGUGUUUUGCUUCGUUUCGUUUUGCUGGCACGGUCGCCAUUUUGGUGUUUUGGUCACAGCUGAUGCGAGUUUAGGGUCACUGUUUCAUUGGCCGUGUUUUGGCCUCGUCCAGUCUUGUCCUUUAGGGUUGUACUUCUUGGAGCUUCGCCUUGUUCUGCAGCGCGUUUCGUUGGCGAUCGCUAGGGUUUUUUAUCUCCACCCUUUGGAAUGGCAAUGGCUGUUAAUGAGUAAAUGGAGAGAUCAGAAGCGUCUUUUUUAUUGAUUUGAACGGAUUUACUUGUUCUUCGGUGUGUUCUUUUGACGAAUAGGAUUGCUGUGUUGGAAUCAAUCACAUUGCUCUGUUUGACUUCUCGUUCUUGAAGAAGAAAAAAACAUGGAGCAAUUUGGAUGGGUGAUUGUUAGGCAAUAGAGGAAAGGAUUUAUGUAGUUUAUCUCACCAUGUCUUGGCCAGCCCCCCUUCCUCCUCGCUGCCCAUUUCAGAGCAAGGGGGUGCCUCGCCGAGCAUCCGAUUCUGCACCUCAAACCCCACAGAACGACACUGGAUCGUAUGCACAGAACCUCAUGGAUGAACCACCAUCAUGGGUAGAUGAUCUCUUGGCAGAACCGGCAAGUGGUCAUAGAGGGAUCUCUCUGCGGAGAUCCUCCAGUGAUCCAGUAUCACUCCUGGAGGUGGCUACAAGUUUCCAAGGCCCAAUAUCUCCGGCCAAUGAGGAAGAUGCUUUGUCUGACAGUCUUCUCCAUGAGUCUCUGGAGGCUGCGGGAGCCAGCGAAGUUGAUGGUGGGUUUGAGGCUGGGAGCUGGGUCUUUGGCCCUAACUCCCCUAGACAAAGGAGCAAAUUGACUGACUCUGAGAGCUCAAUAGUGACUGCGCUGCUGGAAAAUGUUCCUAGCAACCCACUGCAGUAUCUAACUGUGGAUUAUCCAAGCACCUCUGUUACAAGCAAGCCACACGGAAUGGAAGAUGAUUAUACUCCUCUAGCCAAUCCUGAUUCUCACAAGUUACAAAGAAGGCACUCGGGUCAACGAUCUAGGGUUCGUAAACUCCAAUAUAUUGCUGAGCUUGAGAGAACUGUUGACAUGCUUCAGACACUGGGAGCAGAUUUGGCCACUAGAGUUGCUUCUCUGUUUCAGUACCGUCUUGCUUUAUCCAUGGAAAACAAGAAACUAAGGCAGCAGAUUGCCAGUCUUCGACAAGAAAAAAAUAUCAAGGAUGGUCAACAUCAGUCUCUGAAGAAUGAAGCAGAGAGGUUGAGAAUGAUUUGUGGGCGCCACCGGAGAAGCAAAAGUGUGGCUGCAUGUUUUGAGAUGGACCCUUCUGAAUUAGAUCCUUCGCGGAUAAAUUGGCAGAUGUUGGACUUGGGAAAGCUCAAUCUUGGUGGUAGUGUAUUUUUGUGGCAACGAUCCAAGACUACACUUUCUCGGCGUGUGGUGUCAUUUACCUGGAACUGUGAGCAAGGAAAAAUGUUGAACUAUGACGUCAAGGUUUGCACUCUUGCAGAUGUCAUCUCUACAGCUACUAGCCAUGAUCUGAGUAAUUACUAUCUGUUCUCUGAGAUCCAUGCUUUUGCACACAAUGGUAAUUACCACCUAAUAUGUCUGUGAAUGGGUCUAAUUCAGUCCAGCAAUGACUCCCAUCAUAUUUCUAUUCAACAGGUAAAAAUCUCUGCACUGCUUUCUACA